AAGAGCCUUGCCCUAAGAUGAGCCUCCUUGUCCCGUUGCGAAGGCCAGACGGGGAAAAAUAAGAACCGGCCUUUUGCGAGUCAGACGAUUCGUCUGUCUAGCUCAGUAUGGUCUACACAGACUGGUCGCAGCGUCACCAGGGCUUCAAGAAGGAGUCUUUCCCCGUCCUAACUGGAGAUGUCAGGGAUUGAAACUGGGAUCUUCUGCAUACCCAGCCACUGAGCUACAGUCCCAUACCCUAAGAAGAUUAAAAAGAAGUGAGGGAAGAGGACAUAAAUCGCAGCAUCCACUCUCACUCAUUGACUUGAAAUAUCCAGGUGUUAGGAAGAAAGACAUUUUCCUGCUAGUGCUUACUCACUCACAAGGUGGUGGUGGUCCUUCAGUUGCUAUAUGGACAUAAGUCUCAUAAUAACCUCGACAGGAACCUGCUUCUGCCUUGAAAUCCAUUGCUGAGAGAUUGCUCUCUGGCCUUCAGGAGUCUUUGCAGGAGUUGAACUUCCAUCGUUGUGAACAGGACAAAUAUGGCUGUAGAGACUGGACAGUGUAUUGGCCCUUACUGACAACAUGUGUGCAUGUUUGCUCUGCAUGGAGAUCCACUGACAGAGGGCUUUCUCCCUGUUAACUAUGUGUAGGUUUGCAGCCUUGGUUCUGUUGCUGGGAUUUCUUGAGAACUGCUUUCUUCAAAGAAAUCCACUCACAAAUGAAUGUCAAACAAUAAGGAAGGGAGAGACACACCAACGGCCUAUUACGGGCGAGGAGGAAGGUUUGACCUAGCUGUUUUCACAAAGGAGACUACGCUCAAAGCGUCCACAGUAUAGAACUACAAUUCCCAUAAUCCACCGCGAAAAUGCUUCCCAGCACACACUGCAAGUAGACUUGGGAAUGACCCAGACUCCCGACAAGCAAGUGGGAGGAGUUUGUGUUUUCUGCAGCAGAGACUCGUUUUCCCGGCACGACCUAUCCCUUGUUCGGAGCAUGCGCUUAACCGUCUGAGCUGUCGCUUACUGGGAAGUGACUGAGGCGGCGGCGGCGGCGGCGCACGGGCGCUCGCCAUGGAGUCCUACGAUGUGAUUGCGAACCAGCCGGUGGUGAUUGAUAACGGUUCUGGCAUGAUUAAAGCUGGCUUUGCUGGUGAUCAAAUACCCAAGUAUUGUUUUCCAAACUAUGUGGGCAGACCAAAGCAUGUUCGCGUUAUGGCGGGAGCUUUGGAAGGUGAUAUUUUCAUUGGGCCAAAAGCUGAGGAGCACAGAGGCCUUCUUUCCAUACGCUACCCUAUGGAGCACGGCAUAGUAAAGGACUGGAACGACAUGGAGCGCAUUUGGCAGUAUGUCUAUUCAAAAGACCAACUUCAGACCUUCUCCGAGGAGCAUCCUGUGCUCCUGACGGAGGCUCCAUUAAACCCACGGAAGAACCGCGAACGAGCAGCUGAGGUUUUCUUUGAGACCUUUAACGUGCCAGCCCUGUUUAUCUCCAUGCAAGCUGUGCUUAGCCUUUAUGCAACAGGGCGAACCACAGGAGUGGUCUUGGACUCUGGGGAUGGGGUCACCCAUGCAGUUCCUAUUUACGAAGGGUUCGCCAUGCCCCACUCCAUUAUGCGGAUUGACAUAGCUGGCCGUGAUGUCUCUCGUUUCCUUCGCCUUUAUCUCCGGAAGGAAGGCUAUGACUUCCAUACAUCAUCUGAGUUUGAGAUUGUCAAAACCAUCAAAGAGCGGGCAUGUUACCUGUCCAUAAACCCACAGAAGGAUGAGACGUUAGAAACCGAGAAAGCUCAGUACUAUCUUCCAGAUGGAAGCACUAUUGAGGUUGGCCCCGCCCGAUUCCGGGCCCCUGAGCUACUGUUCCGGCCAGACCUGAUUGGGGAGGAGUGCGAGGGGCUGCACGAAGUCUUGGUCUUUGCCAUUCAGAAGUCCGAUAUGGAUUUGCGGCGAACGCUCUUCUCUAACAUUGUGCUCUCUGGAGGCUCAACACUCUUCAAAGGUUUUGGUGACAGGCUUCUGAGUGAAGUGAAGAAAUUGGCCCCCAAGGAUGUCAAAAUCAGGAUAUCUGCUCCUCAAGAGAGAUUAUAUUCUACAUGGAUUGGUGGCUCCAUCCUGGCUUCGCUGGACACCUUUAAGAAAAUGUGGGUUUCCAAGAAAGAAUACGAGGAAGACAGUUCCCGGGCAAUCCACCGGAAAACCUUCUAGCCCAAGAGCAUUCUGGGGUCUCCUUGAAGAUUCAGUGUUGUUCUCAACUCACUUUUCUGAGUCUUGGGUUUCUGAGGAGCUCCUCAUUUGUGUGUUUGCGUAUGGGUGGAUGGUUGGUUGGUUGCCAGCCUGCCCUGGGCUUUCCUGGAGGAAAAAGGAAGGCCAGGGUUCUGACUUGACUUCUGAUUGGUCUUGUGGGAGGCAAGUGAACCCUGUUGGAAAGCAGUGCUCCUUUUUCUAUUGACCUGUGAACUUUUGGGGGAGAAAAAGAGUGCAUUUGACACUGGAGACGGAAAGAAUGGCUAAGAAACUGAGCAGCUUAGUAGGAUGGAAAUGAGAGUGCUGGAAACCAGCCAGUGUUUGGGUUCCAAGUGGAUUGUCUUAAGAAUGCAGGUCUGUCAUGAAAACAAUGAGCACAAAAGCCUGUCUGCCAUCCAAUUCUUCUCAGUUGCUCAGCAGUUGUCUUUUAGAUGGCCAGGUCAUCUCUUCUCUCCCACCCCAUUUUUUAAAAGCACAAAAUAAGCACACACUGAACAGUUAAAAACUCAUUUAAUGCCCUGUGUGUGUGCGUGUGCGCCUGCACGUGCAUGCGCACGUGUAAAAAAAUCCUUUGGCUGGUAUGUGAGCAUCUGGACCACAACAGGACAGUUAGAACAAUUAAUUUUAGGAUCUAGUUUGUAAUGCAUGGUGUAGAACAGAAAUACCUUCCUUUCCUUCUAAUCUAGAUGGUACUUGUCUUGCCAUCCAGUAGUGAGAGUCACCUGUUAACACAGCCAAGGGCCCAAGGUGACUCCAGAGUGUGUCCUGGCCCAUUCCCUUCUCCUCCCACCCCAUUUCAUCUUGUGUGUGUUCUCAAAGUUUACAAUGUUGAUCCUUUCUGUAAAAGCAGAAGCUUUAGCCCCUUGUGCAGGGGUUAUGACCAGGGCAUGUUCAGCCACCAUGACUGGGACACUACAUACCUGUUUUUAGAGUUAUUUUAUUUAUUGAAAAGUUAGAGGGGUAACUGAAUUACUGAUUGGGCCCGACAUGAGUCCCCGCCCCCCAUCCCGUCAUUCUCACUUUCUAGGUCCUGCUGUACUAUUAUUUAACACUAGCACUAACAUUUGACCACAUACUUGCAUAGCACUGUCAGGUCAGCUGGGCAACUAUCCCCACUCCAUAGAAGAUCCUGUUACUUUUGGAGUGGUAAUUUUCCAUGAGUGCACCACACGAGGGAACAAUAAACUCGAUUACAAUACAUAGGGAGUUGAGUAGUCACCUCCUUAGGUAGGUUUGUCAUUCCAGAGUUGUAUUAACCCCUGUAGCUGCUUCUGCAAUGUUACAGAAUGGGAAGUCCACACAUCUGUUUUGAUUUGACAGUUGUUGUUUUUGUUUUCUGUAGAUUUCUUUUUAAUAGACACAUGUUGGCGGUGCUUCUUCUUUUAAAAGCUUUUUUUUUUAAUGCUGCUGCUGAAAACCAAAUAUUUUACAUUCUUGGCCACUUAAAGUAUUAGAUGAUGAGGCAGCAGAUGACUAGCCUUAUGUCGACCAAUCGCCAAAUAUUAGCAGAAGGAGAGCAAUAGAUGGAAGGGACUCAAGCUACCCAAGACGGGGGCAAAACAUUGCCCUCUGCUACUGGCAGUGUAGUUUGGAUGUAGUCUAGUCCGAUUGAGUGUUGGUUACAAACUUCUGCUUUGCUCUCUGGGUUGUCAGCAUUCUCAGAAGAUGCCUCCAGGACUGAAGUAGGCAAGUGGAUCUUUAGUAGUACCCUACCUUUGUUUCAGUGUUUACAACAGGAUGGGCUGCCUAGCCUAAAGGAGGAGGAAAAUCUCAUAGCCGUUCCUGCAGAUUAGAGGGUUGGUAGGUAGUCCAUCCUGUGCAGUGCACUCUUGUGUGUCUUGCAACAUCCCGGACAGUAUUUAAGAUGCACAAUCUUGCAAAUGAAAAUGUGAGAUUAAAGCCGUGUCACUAAGCUUUCCUUGUCACUUAGUCUCUUCCUAGAGUAAGGGCAGAUGUGCCCUUGGAAGAGUCAGGUAUCAUACUGGAAUUCUCGGACUUUGUGGUAGGAGAACUGGCUGGAACUUGGGGGAAAGAAGGGGGACAUGUAUCUUCUCUCACAUGCUCAGUGAGAGAUGUUUAGUACUCUUAUGCAUGUUUCUUCCUUCAAGGAGGAUGCCCUUAAAGCAGGCGUGCUCAAAUUUGGGUCUCCAGAUGAUGUUGGCCUAUGACUCACAUCAACUCCAGCCACACUGGGGAUGAUGGGAGUUGGUUCAUCAUCAUCUGGGGACCCAAGUCUGAGAACCUCUGCCUUAGAGACUGAGUGCCAACAUGCCGUUGAUGAGCACUGCUGAGGAUUCUGACAGUGUUCUCUUCCCUUUUGGUUUUAAAUAAUGUGGCCCAUAGGUGAUGCAUUGUGAAGCCUUUGAAAACAGGACUUGGGGAGCUUCUGCCAAGCAGCUGAUGUAGGGGCAAUGUUGACACCAUGAUUCUUCAGCACUACUGUGUCAUGACUUAGCCACACAAAGAUAGCACAGGGCAGUGGUAUUGGAGUGUGCGGGGGGAAAUGAAUUAUUUAAGCACUGAUAGUCGGCAUGAAGCUACUCUGUAGUAACACUCCAUGAGCUCUUAAAAAAACCCAAACCCUCCUCAGUACUUAUGAACGUAUGUAUUUAUAAUUUCCUCAUCAAUUACCUGUGAUGGAUUUGGUCAUCUCUUACAGUAUGUACCCUGAGCACCUAUAUCAUCUUGCACUGCCAGGAGAGCAAACCCUCUCUUGUGACUUUAGACAGUUGCCUUCGGCUCCAGCAGCUGCAGUUGUGUUAAUGCUUCUUCAUGGAAUAAGUCACUCGGGGCCAAGCUAGUUGAAAUGUACCUAUGGAGUGAUUGGGGUCUGCAUGCUUGAUUUUUCAAAUGUAAAUAGCUUUACCCUAUGGCUGAUAUUGCCCGGGGGAAGAGGAAGAAAAAUCUUGUUGGUUCUAAUAGAAAUCUCUUUCCCUUGUCCAAUAGCACCUGCAGGAAGCCCUAAUCCAGAUUGGGACCUUGAAAGAGGCAAAGGGUUAAAGUUACUUACACACAUAAGACACACACUCUCUCACACACACACACACUCCCCCCCCCCCCCGCCAUCCUUUUCUGUAUUGGAGCCCUGUGCAGCCCCUGGUUACAUUUGGAAAAUCAAGCACGCAGGCCCAAAUCCAUGAUAGGCAUCUCAUCUCAUUUGGACAUUAGUCAUUUCAUUCAAAGUGAAAUGAAAUUUCUCCUGGAGGAGAACUAUAUGAAUGGAGUCCAGAUCCUGCUUUAACCAACUGCAGCUUGCUUGUGACAACCCUGAGUGAGACUUUGAGAAGCUGGGCAGCAAAUUAUUUCCUUUGUCAUGUCACACACGUUUGGCAACAACCUGUAGUUCUAUGCGGUGUGAAAUUUUGGUCAAGAAUGACAUGACUGGGACUAAAGGUAACAACUUCAGUGGAUCAGUUACCAAAGGGAUAAGUUGCAAAACAUACCGUCCAUCUGGGUAGCCUGGGAUCUUCUAUGAAGGGCUGUGUUACUGGCCUUCUGCCCUAGGUUCAGGGAGACUGGCCCAUACUUCUUGCCUUAUGCUAUAAGAAUGUCUUAUUUUGUUUUGAGCUGCCUCUUGUCUGACAUGCAUGCCCGCUGCAGGUUGUUACUAUAGAGGCCUUGAUUCAUGCUUGAGUUCCACUUGGAGUAGAGCUGUUAGGCUCCCUAGUAAUUGCUUGAAAACCACAGAACUUGAUUUUUAAAGAAACACGGUCAUUACAAUAAUGGGGGAAUAGUUAGUCAUAGUGAGAGCCAGUAUGGCAGCUUGUACUGGUAUAACUGACAGUGAGUGACUCCUAGCAUAGUCCAUGUAGGGAAGUAUGUAUGGGAGGAUAGAGGGAUGUGUAUGAUAAUUCCCAAGAUAGCUCCUGCCCUUUUCAUUCCUUGUGACUUUUUUCUUGUUUUGACAUCGGUUAUCAGAAGCAGCAAUGUUACAUAUUGAACAAACAGGUGCUUUCUACAAUCUAGCAUUGGUUUGAUCAGCCUGACACUUGCACAUGUGUGCAGACCAUUGCUGGGUGCUGCCCAACAUACUUAAAAUAAAGUUGUUAAUAUACAAA